GUAGAUAUCGUCUGCACUGUGUUUUCGCCAGUUUAAUUGACGUUAGCAGUAUAGUAGUAUUAUAUAUAUGGUUAAAUUUUAUUAAAUAGUACCGGUUCGUGAAUUCCGGGAUAAGAAGCGAUUAAUCGUCAUCGGAAAUAAACUUCGCGGAAGGAGGAUGCUGUUGAGCAAAGUAACGCUAUUGUUUCGUGGAAGGACUGUUCUUAGGAAGACAAAGACGAUAUCAAAGCCAUUUCUUCGAUCGACGAUCACUACGCCGUCCGGGGCGAUCCUACCCGAACCGAAGAGAACACCGUUCAGCUUCCUGGGUGUCGUCAGCAGUGUGAUAUUCGGCUUGUUAGUCGGUGCCACGAUCAGUAAAAAUAUUGCUAACUUCCUGGAAGAGAAUGAUCUUUUCGUUCCCUCUGACGACGACGAUGACGAUGACGACGACUAGCGACCAGCUAAUUUCAUUCCAUUGUGAUUGUUCAAAAUACUCAGAUGAUUAGAUGUUGUUCUUGAUGCUCUUGAAGAUUCAAGUUAGACGUUGCAGUGAUAUAAGAUCAGCAAGUGUAUGAAAUAGAG